UUUACAGGGUAACACAAAUGUUAAGGAACCCAAAAAGAAAAGUUUGUUUGCCCAACAGUUUGCCAAAUCUACACCAGCAAUGUUUGGAGUCAAACCUCGAAAGAAGAUGCCUGAAACAAAAAUGGCUGAAAAAGAUGUUGUUUCGAUGCCAAUGUCUUCAUUUUCAUCAGGAGAAGGAAGUUCAGUCAUAAUUAGUGGAGUGGGCUUGGGAGAUAGUAUGGCUACCACUGAAGCUAAAAGAAUACAUGAAGAAAAUGUUGCCAAAAUUGCUGGAAUGUCUGAAGAAGAAAUCAAAACAGAAAGGGCAAAAUUGGAGGAAAUGUUAGAUCCAAAGGUCUUAGCAUUUCUGAAAUCAAAGAGGCAGAAGAGUGGUGGUGUACAAGGAAUUCCUAAACCUCAUCAGCCAAUCAAGAAAGGUGAUGAAGCUGUUCCCAUGGAAACAAAUAAUUUAGAUGAAGACACGCCUCUAAUAAAGCCCAAGCCUGGUUGGUUGAACAUGGAUAAAGUGGAAACCGAAAAACUAGAAUGGAUGAAGAAUGUAUCAAACCCAAAGUCUGCAGAAUCUCAAAGUGGAGGGGGUCAAGCCAGGUUCGAUUUUGAAGGACACAUCGUGGCAUCUGAGGUUCCUGAACACCUAGGGCUUCAUCACCAUGGUGACGAGUCAAACAGGGCUGGUUACACACUUGAGGAACUGUUCACAUUGGCCCGCAGUGCAAACCUACAACAGAGAUUGUUGGCAUUACAGGUUGUGGCAAGAAUUAUGCAAAAUGCCAAACAAUGUGAGUUUGAGAAAGUUCUGCAGAGUCCAAUCAUUCCUUCUCUGCUUGAUGCUGGAAUCGUGUUCCUGCUUCGUUGGGCACUUGAUGAUAGUGUGGAGAGUAUAAUAGGUGGCGCUGUCCAUGCUAUACAAGCCUUACUGGUCAAUAGCACUGAUGAGAGAUGUUAUGAUAAAAUGUGGAGUUGGUACAGAGGAUAUGAGAUGCCACACUUGUUACCAAGCAAUGUUGCUAUGGAGACUGAGGAUGAAGAAGAAAAAGAUACAGAGACGGAUGCUCAGCUUGUGAAAAAAGAUGUUAUCAAAGGUUUCCUUAGAAUGGAUCUUCUGCUUCGUUUGAGGUACAUUCUGGAGAAGUGCAAGCCAACAGCCCCUGUUGUUGUGUCUGUUCUGCAAAUACUCACCCGUAUUGCUAGGCAUACAACAGAAUCUGCAUAUAAGGUGUUAAAUUGUCCAAGGCUGAUAAAGACUAUUGUGAAUAACUUCCUGCCUUUUACAUGGAAGCCUUCGGAUGAUAUUGUCCAACUGUCAGACAUCUACGGACAUCCAUUAUCUUGUGCAAUCAAACUACUCAGAGUUCUCUCUACAACAGGUGUCAACAUGGCCAGAAUCAUAGUUUCUGAGUACAAAAUCCUGGACAGAAUCAGUAGAUUUAUAAUUCAGGAAACAAGUGAACUUCAGUUGAAUACAAAGGAGGCAGAGCUGCUAUGUGUUGAAGCCUAUAGACUUUGGGGACACUUCCUGGCAUAUGGAUUAACAUCAGAACAUUUCCGAGACCUUUAUUCAAUCUUCAUUACACAGCUACAAAAUGUGCAACAGUUGAGUCAUGACUGUGAAGGUUAUCACCUUGAAAGGGCGGUGGCCAUGAUAAGACUGUUGCAAAGUUCUAUUGAAGUUAGUGCUACUCAUAGAAACCUUGCAGCGAAGUUGAAGAAUGAGCAAAAGAGUGAUGAACCGAAAGAGCCUUUGCCAUCCAUAGAUUGGACACAUGCGGAAGGUCUGAUUCAACCAAUAGAAAGCCUUAUGUCAAAACUUAUGAAAGACUUCAUGGGACAUUUUACAAUUAAGAAAUACGACCUCUCUCUACUCUCAGCAUGUGUCAACUGUGUCGCCACCUAUUAUGCAAAAGUAGCAAAUCAGGUGACAGGAGAUACGAUAGCCCUGCUAAGCCACAUUCAGAAAGUAGUAGAUGAUAAUGUUGUGCCACUUCUCAACUCACAUGCAUUCUCUAUGAUGUUAGGAUAUCUGAGUGAAAACUCAAAUAUCUUAUCCGGCUUGACAUCUUCACAACGAGAGAUAAACCCAGCACUGCCAGAACUUGCAUGUUUGUGUGGCCAAGAUGUGGUAGUCCCUGUAUUGCAACAGAAAACCCCAUACAAUACAUUUCUAGCUCUCCUACAUCUGGUUCAUUCCUUAGGGAAGAUUGAUAAAUCUGUUGUUCCAAAGAUGUUUAGCAAAAUAUUGGAUGAUAAAGAUGUUCUGAGCUACACCAGAAGAGUGUGUAAAAUUAGAGAUGGUGGCUUGGUUUCCCAUUGGACAACACGCUUUGAAACAUACAUCCAGUUUUACUUGGCUAAAAUGGCAAACAUGCAGGUGGUAUCGGAUAUGUCUGUUUUGCACCAGAUGUCACUAGCAGUGUUUACACGUCUCCAUGACAAUGAUAGCCACAUAGCACAUGACCUGCUUUCAACUGUGCUGUUCAAUCGGAACUUUAUCACUGAAUCCCAAGAAGACAGUCUUACUUCAGAGGGUCUAUCAGAGCUGACAUUGCAGAAACCAGCAGAUAUCACCAGUGCUGCUUCCUUUACUACAACACCAACUAAUAGAGCAACUCUUCUUGAGGAUAUAUGCCAGUGUUUACCAAGUAUAAGGGCAACUUAUAUGGCAACAUUUGGUUCAAUGGCAGCUGGCCUUCAGCAGUCAAGAGCCAGGGCCCAAGGUUUGUGUAAUGAGAUAGAAAGUUUCCAGUGUGGAGCAUUCAACGGCUGUCUUGUCCCAAGAGACUGGAUGUACCUGCCUCUAGUAGACCUCUACCAAAAAUCAACAUCUGGACAAUUGAGUGAUCUGAUGGAAAAUGUGCCACCUGCACUUGCAUCUCAUAUAGCAGGUUGUUUGCGCUGGGUGUACCUUUUAGAGUGUUGGAGACCCCUUGAAACAGCAUCAAUCAACAUGGCGAUCAAAAUAUCAAGAACAAUGUGCACAUUUUUAGCAGGAAGUGAUCUGUUCCUAGAACCAGCCGUGCAUAGUUACUUGAAGGCAUUACUACAUGAGUAUUGCAAGCCUCGUGUACUCUCUCAUACUGACUUCACUCAGCCUAUACCAGGACUCAAUGCUUUCUCAGACCUGUAUCUUUCAAUGCUAGCCCAGUAUGAAGCUGUAUCAUUUGGUGAUCCAUUGUUCACAUGUUAUAUUCUGCUGCCUCUACAACAGAGGCACAGUGCACAGCUCAGGAAGGACCUGUGGGGCCAGCAUCUAGGGGCAAUCAGAUCUAUGCAUGUUUCUAUACACGAGCUUCCUGUACCAAUUGAAAAUUACAUAAUGCCUGAAGAAACAGACAUUGAGCUUUUACGCCUCUAUGUUCAAGCUCUAUUGAGUGAAAUGGUGAGAAUAACAUGGGCCCCAGUGCUGUACCUUGUGGCACUCCAUCAUGUGAACAGAUUCAUGUACACUCAGGAUGGAAAAUAUAAACAACUAAAAAAGAUUAUCAUGCGACAAGUGAUUCAGUUAAAAAAUAAGGACCUGAAACACCAUCUAUUGAUGUAUAAAUGUGUUAAUAGAGACUCUCCCCACGCUCUAGAUUUAUAUAAAGAGCUGCCUCGUAUUAGAUCACAUAUACUCAACUCCAUAACAGCUGGACUAGAGCUGGACAAUAGUACCAAGUGAUGGAAGAAGUGUGUUGAAUAAAUAGUAACAAGUAACAAACAGUAUACAGUGGUAUAUGGUAUGGUAUAUACAGGAAGGAAACUGCCACGAAGAACAGAGGGCACAUGACAUUACACUUUUAUAUUUUAAUAUGCAAGUUUUAAACGUGUAACAUACAAUGUAUUCUUGCCUUCUUAGACUCCACAGUGGCACAUACAUGAAUUAUUUUUAUAUGAAUUUCAUGAAUAAAGUGCCCAAUAAAAUCUGUAACUGAA